AUGCGAGGUUUGUCCCAAGCAGCAAGCAAUCGGCUUGUCUGGCUGGAGGAAAGCACCUUCAACGUCAGAGAGAACCUUCGGUUCUUGACAAGUGCCUCGCUGGGUCCCUUGCGGACGCAGAUGCGUGCAGGUUAUCAAAGAAAGGAUAGCCCAGGGGUUUACGAAUCUGCAUUUGACCUUACCCAAGCAGCUGCUAUGGCCGCAAGCAGCUCCUUGCUGUUCCGCCAUCCGUCUCUACAGCUUCGGGUGCUGGAUGCUGAGCGAGGAUCUGGAUAUGUGGCUAACAAACUCUUGCAGCGAGGUGAGUUGCUGUUGGAGGAGCAGCCCUUUGUUUGGAACAGCGGCAAAGACGAAGAACCAGAUCUCCAGAAGGGGGCUGCUUGGUUGAUUGCCAGCGGCUUGGCUCAGGAACUCACUUCAAGGCCAGAUGCCGCAGAUUUGGAGGCUUGUGGCCAGUUGGUCAAGAGGUAUGCCUUUCGCACGCAUCGACCGUCUAGGGAUGGGUCCUACCCUGCUAUGCUCUUCAAGAGCUGUUGUCGUCUCAACCAUUCGUGCUUCCCGAAUGCUGGGGGACAUUUGCCGGGCGCCGAAGACUUUGACUCGGUGGCCCAGUACCGUUCGCCAGCGAUGAAAGUCUAUGCCCUGGAAGAAAUCAGGGAAGGCGAAGAGGUUUGUAUUUCAUAUCUUGCGGAAUCAGAUCAGUUGUCCCCUUUGUCCCACCGCCGAGCCCUGCUGAAAGACACCUGGGGCUUCCUUUGUCGCUGUGAACGUUGCCUGGGGGGUCGCCCUUUGGACCGACGCUUGGAGGCCGUGGACUGGGAGGGGCUGGAGCGGAGAAGUGCCCUGGCAUCGGUGACCAAGGCGUUUCGCAGCUUGUUUGAUGCUACCUUCGAAGACUAUGAUCCACCCAAGGAGUUCGAAACCACCCUGGAACGCUUGAACAAUUUCAGAAGAGAGUUUUCUUUUCUGGAUAAGGCGCAUGUCUUCUCUCAGCGGGUACGACGAGAGUUGAUAGCAGCUUUCCUUCUGACUGGUUUCGACAGCGAGAUUGCACAGCGAUGUGCUGGACCAGCCCUGUCACUUUUGGUGGAAGAAAUGCAUGUGCAACAUGCCUUGCUCCCCAGUCUAAGCCCUUUCAAAGUGACGCCCUAUGUGCAAUUUUUGCACUUGCUGCGCCACGUUCCGGAAAAGGAAGCCCGGUGGCAUGUGAGCGACUUGAAGGUGGAUGGCUGUGAGCUCCAGCAUCAGCAGAGCCUGUGGCUGCAUGACCAGCCGGCGGCUCAGCGCCUCCAAUUGGCCCAGCCCCGCAACCUGCCCCCUGCGCCGCUGCGCGGUGCUCCGCUGCGCACAGGGCCGUUGGCCAAGCCCGGAGCGGCCUGUGGCUGCUGCGCUAGCGCACCGGGACCAUCCCUGGAACGGUGCCAUGGUCGCUCCAAGGGGUGGCCGAGGAGCUGCCGAAGGAAGGCGCAGGCUGACGAGAUGCCACCAUUGAUGGAGAACGGUCCAGAGACUCCAGAGGUUCUGGGAUCUUCAAGAUCUUCCACUUUGUGGGAGGCUUAUGCAGAGUUUGGCCGACCAAGCAAGGAUGCACAGAGUCUCAGACGGGCUGGAAAGGUCAGGGAGCCAAAGGGCAAGGACUCUUGGUUCAAAUUUCGAGUUGCCAGGUGAUACCAUGAAGAGAUGGCGUCACAUUUCGAUGAUUGCACCAGCGUG